GUCCCGGCCGAGAUCAUCAAGAUCGUGGCCGUCCUCAUGAGCACCGCCGGCAUCAGCGACGUCCGCCCCGGCCGCCAGGCUGACAACAACCACACGGUCAGCCAGGACGUAGAGCUCUACCUGACCAAGAACGACCUGCCCGGCGGCUUCACGCUCGUCGCGCGCAGCGGGCGCGUGCUGCAGGAGCUGGUGAUCGAGACCAGCCUGUCGCGGGACGACAUGAAGAAGGCGCUCACGCGGGUGCUCAGCCGCGUGCGCUGA